GGAAAUAUGAAGCGGGGCCGCCGCCGCGCUCCGCGGAGACUUGCCGGCGGCGCGGAUCGGAGCGGAUCGGAGCGGAGCGGAGCGGGAGCCCCUGAGCAGCGGGCAGCGGGGGCUGGCAGCCCCCAGGAGAGGGUCCCGCCGGCCGCCUGCCCCCUAGCGCCGGCCAUGGGCUGCCCGCCGCGGCGCUGAGCCGCGGGUGCCGGAGAGCAGGGGCGCGGAGCGGAGCGGAGAUGUACGGCAGGCUGAUGCGGUGCCUGCUCCCAGCCCUGCUGCUGCACGGGCUGGGAGAAGGUUCUGCUCUUCUUCAUCCGGACAGCAGGUCCCAUCCUCGGUCCUUAGAGAAGAGUGCAUGGAGGGCUUUCAAGGAGUCGCAGUGUCACCACAUGCUGAAACACCUUCACAAUGGGGCCCGGAUCACUGUGCAAAUGCCUCCCAAUAUUGAGGGACACUGGGUAUCCACUGGCUGCGAAGUUAGAGCAGGCCCCGAGUUCAUCACAAGGUCAUACAGAUUCUACCACAAUAACACAUUUAAAGCCUAUCAGUUCUAUUAUGGUGGCAAUCGCUGCACAAACCCUAUCUACACGUUAGUAAUACGUGGCAAAAUUCGUCUUCGCCAAGCAUCCUGGAUCAUCCGGGGGGGUACCGAGGCUGAUUAUCAGCUGCGCAACAUACAGAUCAUAUGCCACAAUGAAGCAAUAGCCAAAAAAUUAAGUGAGUUGGUGAACCACACGUGUCCUGGAUUUAUACCUGAAGAUAGUCCCUGGGAGCAGGAUGUGAGCUAUGAUUUGCUGAGAGAAGAGAACGGUUGUGAAUGCACCAAAGCUCUGAAUUUUGCCAUGCAUGAACUCCAGCUGAUCCGCGUGGAGAAGCAGUAUCUGCAUCACAACUUAGAUCACCUUGUGGAGGAGCUAUUUCUCGGAGACAUUCAUACCGAUGCUACCCAGAGGAGGUACUACCGACCCUCUAGUUACCAGCCUCCUCUUCAAAAUGCCAAGAACCACGACCGCACAUGCAUCGCCUGCAGGAUCAUCUACCGCUCAGACGAGCACCACCCUCCCAUCCUACCCCCCAAGGCAGACCUGACCAUCGGGCUGCACGGCGAGUGGGUGAGCCAGCGCUGCGAGGUGCGGCCGGAGGUGCUCUUCCUCACACGGCACUUCAUCUUCCACGACAACAACAACACCUGGGAAGGCCACUACUACCACUACUCCGACCCCAUCUGCAAACACCCCACCUUCACCAUCUACGCCAAGGGACGCUACAGCCGAGGAGUGCACUCGUCCAAAGUGAUGGGCGGAACAGAGUUUGUGUUCAAAGUGAACCACAUGAAGGUGACGCCCAUGGACGUAUCCACGGCCUCCCUGCUCAACGUCUUCAACGGGAACGAGUGCGGGGCGCAGGGCUCCUGGCAAGUCGGGGUCCAGCAAGACGUCACCCACACCAACGGCUGCAUCGCACUCGGCAUCCGCCUGCCCCACACCGAGUACGAAAUCUUCAAGAUGGAACAGGACGCCAGGGGAAGGUACUUGCUCUACAACGGCCAGAGGCCCAGCGACGGGUCCAGCCCUGACCGACCGGAAAAGAGAGCCACGUCCUACCAGAUGCCUUUAAUUCAGUGCGCUUCGUCCAUGCCCAGAUCUGAGGAGUCACCAGACGAAAAUAAAAUACGUCUGUAUAGCAGCAGGGCACCAGCAAAACAUCCCAGCACCCCAGCUCUUGCUUUGGUGUUGUUUAUUUGUACUGUGACAUACUGGGACAUUCUCAGCUAGAAGUGAAAAAA